UGAGACCAAAAAAAUAGUUAAGUUUAAUGAAAAAGUCCAAUAACUUAUCAUAGGUAGAUUUUUUUAAAACUCUUUCCCUUUUAAUAGUAUAGAUACAUUUGUCAAACAUUGUUUCUGGUCAGCAUUUUGCAUCAAAGGAAAUGCAUUAGUGUCAUAGCAUAGCAUAUGUUAUAUGCCAUAUUCACACGUGUCAUAUCUUCUGUCCCUCGGCAGUAACCACGUGUCCCGAGUCAUCUAUCACCCAUAGUCACUCACCAUCGUCGAUCGUGAUUAUGAUCAUCACCUAAGCUUCUCCAACAAAUUUGCUUCUAUGAUGACGUAAAGUGACGUUUUGACGUAAUAUAAUAAAACUUAAUAACCUGACUGCUGGCCAUAUACAUUGUAGAAGGGCCAACUCCAGAGUCCAGAGGUUUUUUUUUUUUUUUUUGUCAACCGAGUCCAGAGGUUAUAUUUUCUAAGUUAUUAUGAUAGUGAGGUAAAAGAUUUUUGCGUAUCUUUAUUUUGCUUAUCGUAAGCAUAUCAAAGCUUGUUGGCAUAUUCCAUGGUCAUGGUAGAUUGAGAAUUUUGCGGGGACAGGGUGUUGCCAUUAUUUUGAGUAUUGGCCUAACAUAUAUAUCUCCUUGGAUGGGUUUUAUUUGGUUUUAUAUGGUUUUUAUUUAUUUAUUCGAAAUAUUUCGUUGAAUUCAAUGUCUUUAAGAUUAUUUCGUUGAAUUCGUUGUCUUUACGUUAGAUGGGGAUAAACUACAGUGGUGACACACUGACACUAAUGGUCCAUGCGAAUACAAAUAAGGAGCUAAAACUAUUCAUAUUGGCAGUUUCUCAAAUUCGCUGAGCAUCGUGAGUAUGGCCAGAUUUUUACAAAAACCUUAAGAAAUUGGAUUAACGAAAUUAGAAACUCUUUCUACACCUAUGAUUAUAUUGUGAAAUAUUAAAAUUUCAAAAUAUUAGCUUCAUCUACAGGCUACAGCCAAGAAGUGUUAAGCUUCGUAGUUAUAUAUUGUAGAUCACCCAUAUUUGGUGGAUAUCUAUCUUUUCAUUGUUGUAAGUUUUAGAUAUUUAAAUUCAUGAUUAUGGUUAAUGAUUCAGUUAUAAUAUUGGAAGGUAAUUCCCAAAAAAAAUGAUAUAGGAAGGAAGGAAAUAGAUUCUAAGAUUAAAGGUCUAGAAGAAUAGUUUGGAAAAAUAAAUGUAUAAAACAUUCCAUGAUUAAACAAAAUCUGAGUUAUUAAUAAGCAAAUGAUUGGUUUCAUUAGUUUAGAUACCAAACAUACUUGACAAAAGAAGUACAUGUUAUUGUAUAUAAAUAUAACUAGCCAAGUGAGUCCCCAAACUUAAGGAUGAUUAGUAUAGUAAGAAGAUUUACGAAAAAUAUUAAUGGUUAGAGAGUCAAAUCUUUUAUUAUUACCAAGAUAGAUAAAGAGAGACAAGAUUGCUCAAACCCCACUAGGUGUGUGAUCUUUUUUGGCAGUGUUCCUUUAUGAUAACACAUCACAAGACUUUAGUGAGAAUCACAGGCCCAUGUCACUUUUAAGAUAAGAUAAUAUAUUCUACUAUAGUAUUAUUUUCAUGCUUAUAGACACCCCCAUGAAUUAAUUGUAAUAAUGCAAAAGACGGUGCCAUGUAACAGAGACAACAGGUGUGUGCAGAGAGGUCGGUGAGAAGCAAUUUGGUUCAGUCAGUAAUAACCCAUGUUUCUAACUCUCUUCUCUAGGUCCCUUUCUCUUUAGUUUUCUUAUUAUAACCAUCUAUGAUCUCUAUCUUUUUCGCCAAAACACCACCUCAUGUUAAAGCUGUGACUGGUAACUUAAUUUAGAGAGUAAGAAAGAGAAAUAUUAAAAUGAAAAUGACAAAAAUAUAAAGUGGAAGGAAAGAUAAAAAUGUUACUCCUAUCAAAUCUAGAGUAACAAUGAAAGUUUUAAAUAGUAGUUAUAGUAACUUAUAAAAAUAUAAUUCUAUUUUAUCGACAAGUUUAUAAAAUAAAAAAUAAUAAUUGUUUCACUUCUUUUGUUUAUUCUAACAAUACUAACCAGGCAAAUUCUAAAUACUUGAAAAUAAAUCAGUCUAGUAAAAACAAGAAUCCUGCAUCAGAGUACUUAUAAAUAUAAUUUUUGUAUUUUUGUCAAUAUAUAUAUAAUUUUCAUAUUUUCAAAGUAGGCAACACAAAGAAUAACUAGAUUUCUCAUUUUGCUAUAACAUACUACAAAAUAAAUAUAUUCGUUAAUAAAAAGGAGAAAAAAUAGUGGAAAAGAAAAGAAAAAAAGGAAAAAUACAGAGAAGAGUAAAUAGUAGUGCGAAGCUUAAAAGUUGAAUGUUCGAGAGAAGCGUCUCAGAGACUGUGAAAAUCAAAUCAAAAUCCUCUGUUACAGUGCGUGCGACGAUUUGGUCCCCCCUCCCCUCUCUCUCCGUCUUGUGCGUCAAUUUGUCUCCUUCUCUUCUUCUUCUCUCUCUCUCUCCGCGUACUCUACUUUCUCCAGAUUACUACUACUCCCCCCCUCUCUGCCGCCUUCUUCUCCUCCUCUGUUCUCGUCCAUUCACACUUUCCAUUUAGUGCUUCAAGGUUCUCACUUUCUCUUUCGUUUUCUUCAGUCGCUACUACCCUUUUUCUCAGACAUUACAAAGCGAAAAGAGACUCUGUUUCUGUCUGCAAGCAAGCAGCACCAUGCCUCUGUUUGAGCUUUUCAGGCUCUCCAAAGCUGCUCAAGACAAUAACACUUCUCCACCUGUAGAUGAAGUUGUUGAGCUUGUUUGGGAGAACGGUCAGGUUUCAACUCAAAGCAGAUCAAAGAACACUCCUCCACCACAUCAAGGAGCCUCUUCUAGACCUAGAGAGGUCGGAAACAGCUCAAAGACAACAAUAAUGGACGAGAUCCCUAUGUCGGUUCCCUCUCUAAUGACGGGUUUGAGUCAAGACGAUGACUUUGUCCCAUGGAUCAAUCAUCAUCAUCCUCAUCAAUCCUUGGAUGGAUACUGCUCUGAGUUCUUACAAGAGGAGGAGAUGGCGUUGUUUCAGAGAAGAAACAAUAGCAAUGAAUCAGCUCCUCCUCCUCCUGCUGCUGCUUCUUCGUCUCAGCACAACGGUUUUCAAUCACAUUCUCUCUAUGGAACUGAUAGAGCUAGAGAACCGUUAGUCACAAGCAACAAGCCUGGUUUGAUCAACUUUUCGCACUUCUUACGCCCUGCAACUUUGGGGAAGAGUCCUAAUAACAACGCUGAUAGGUCUAAAGAGAAGAGUCCUCAAAGCCCGCCUAAAGUGUUUCAGACCAAAGUACUUGGAGCUAAAGAGGUUCUCAACGAGUCUGUUGCCUCUGCUAUGCCUAAGGAUAGCCAAAAGGCUUGCCUAGUUUCAGAAGACUCUGGUAGAAAGGAGCAGGAGAGUGAGAAGGCUGUUGUGUGUUCUUCUGUUGGGUCUGGUAAUAGUCUUGAUGGUGCGUCUGAAAGUCCUUCGCUUUCUGUUAAAAGAAAGCAUUCUGAUGUUCAGGAUAUUGACUGUCAUAGUGAAGAUGUUGAAGGAGAAUCAGGAGAUGGAAGAAAAGAAGCAGCUCCAUCAAGAACAGGGACUGGUUCAAAGAGAAGCCGGUCGGCUGAAGUACAUAAUCUGUCUGAAAGGAGACGGCGUGAUAGGAUUAACGAGAAGAUGCGUGCUCUUCAAGAACUCAUACCAAACUGCAACAAGGUGGACAAAGCUUCAAUGCUAGAUGAAGCAAUCGAAUAUCUCAAGUCACUUCAACUUCAAGUACAGAUCAUGUCAAUGGCUUCUGGUUACUACAUGCCACCGGUCAUGUUCCCACCGGGUAUGGGCCAUUACCCGGCUGCUGCUGCUGCAAUGGCAAUGGGUAUGGGAAUGCCUUAUGCAAUGGGCUUACCUGAUAUGAGCCGUGCCGGUCCCUCGGUUAACCACGGACCACAGUUCCAGGUCCCGGGGAUGCAACAACCAGUGGGGAUGGCGAUUCCACGUGUUUCUGGUGGUGGUUUCUUCACGGGUUCUUCUUCAACGAUGGAGAUGAAUAAGAGUGACAAUGGUUCGACUAGAGACUUAUCAGGUGGUACAAAAGAUGAAACGAUGACAGAGAACAACAAUGGCUUGAGACCUAUAAAGAGAAAACAGACGUCUUCUGAUCAGUUUUGUGGAUCGUCGUGACAUAAAACACAAACCUAAGGACUGAUACAUUUAUAUAUUAUCAAUAGCAUUCAAAUAAAUCGACUCUGAAACCCAUAAAUAAAUAAGAUAAAAUUAUGUUCUUCAAUAAUAAAAGAGCUUUUUGUUGCUUCGGUUCUCUAUAAUUUUCUUUUGUAACUAGAAAGACCUCGGAUUGAAAAUUAUCUUAUAAUGCAGAAUCUUCUGUUGGUAGUAUAUGUUGUGAAUUUCUAGUGAUUAAAGAAUACUAUU